CUUCCAUUUGGAUUGAGAACCAGAAGCAACAACAAAAAUGGUAGCAGCAGUGACAGUAAACUCACUAAAGCCAUUAACAUGUGCUCCAUUUUUUUCUUCUCUAAAUAGCUUCAAUUGCCCAUGUUCUCUUGUAUCUAUUCCAACAAUACAUUCAAGAUUAAGACCCUUAUUGGCUCAAAUGGCAGCAACUGGUGAAGUAGAGCCACAAGUCAUUGACUCACAUUUACAUGUCUGGGCAUCCCCACAAGAGGCUGCAGAAAAGUAUCCCUAUUUUCCUGGUCAAGAACCUAGUUUGACAGGUCAUGUCGAAUUUCUGCUGGAGUGUAUGGAAGAAGCAGGUGUUGAUGGAGCACUCAUUGUUCAGCCCAUUAAUCAUAAGUUUGAUCAUUCUUAUGUUACGAGUGUGCUGAAGAAGUUCCCUUCCAAAUUCGUCGGUUGUUGCCUCGCGAAUCCAGCAGAAGAUGGGAGCGGGAUAAAGCAUCUUGAAGAUCUGGUUUUAAAGGAUGGUUAUCGUGCUGUUCGCUUUAACCCGUAUCUUUGGCCUUCUGGUGAAAAGAUGACAAAUAAAAUUGGGAAGGCAUUAUUCUCAAAGGCUGGAGAGCUUGGAGUGCCAGUCGGUUUCAUGUGUAUGAAGGGUCUACUUUUGCAUUUGCAAGAAAUUGAGGAGCUGUGCACAGAAUUUCCCUCGACUGUAGUUUUGCUUGAUCAUGUAGCUUUCUGUAAGCCCCCAAAAAAUGAUGAAGAAAGACGAGGUUACUCAGAGCUGUUAAAGCUUUCAAGAUUCCCACAGGUAUAUGUAAAGUUUAGUGCUUUGUUCAGAGUGUCGAGAAAUCCUUAUCCAUAUGAGGACUUGCCUCAUGUUCUUCCCCAACUAGUCUCCAGUUAUGGUGCACAUCGUAUCAUGUGGGGAAGUGAUUUCCCCUACGUUGUUGCCGAAUGUGGGUAUAAAGAAGCAAGAGAAGCAGUUUCUUAUCUUGCUAAACAGGGACAUUUACCUUCUUCUGCCACGGAGUGGAUCAUGGGUAAAACAAUUAUGCAGCUGUUUGACGGAAAAUGGAGUUCUGUAGCUAAUUGAACACGAAACUUGACAACUAGCAAUAACAGUGUCCGUGCCCGUAUUGGAGCCCACUAAAUCUGGAUCACGCACUAUAGAGCCUAUUAUGGGAUGCCUAUUCCAACAAGAUUUUCUUCAUAUCCGGAGCACAAAAUUGAGACCUCUAGUUAUAUGUUGGGUAACUUUCAAAAACAACAAAUAUUAUGCCUUAAAUAAGACUCACUAUAGCUACAGUUUUACUGAUCACAGUUUAUAGCUAUCUUUUGGUUAGCUAAACAUUUGUAUUUGUUAUAUUUUUUCGCGGGUUUCGGAGAAUAGAUUCAAAUAUAAAUUGAUUUGUAUCAUAA